ACAAGAGUAGCACAAAAUCACAGAAGAUGGGAACCUCACCUGGGCCGAGGCAAUGGCCUCGACUCAUCCAUGCAUUAGCAUUUUGCCUUAUGGCUAUCAUUGUUGCGGCUGAUGAUAAUCCUUACUAUGGCCAACCAUCCAACUACUAUACACAACCAACUACACCACCAUACCAUGAAGUUAACCCACCUUACUAUCACAAACCACCUCCAUAUUAUUACAAAUCUCCACCUCCGCCUUCUCCAUCACCACCUCCUCCUUAUGUCCACGAAUCCCCUCCAUAUUAUUACAAAUCACCUCCACCUCCUUCUCCUUCACCACCACCUCCGUAUGUGUACAAGUCUCCUCCACCACCAUCACCUUCACCCCCUCCACCCUAUGUUUAUAAAUCACCACCACCACCAUCUCCUUCACCACCUCCUCCAUAUGUCUACAAGUCUCCUCCUCCACCAUCUCCUUCGCCUCCUCCACCAUACGUCUAUAAGUCACCACCACCACCAUCCCCCUCACCUCCCCCUCCAUAUGUUUACAAGUCUCCUCCCCCACCAUCUCCCUCACCUCCUCCCCCAUACAUCUAUAAGUCACCACCACCACCUUCUCCUUCACCCCCUCCUCCAUAUGUCUACAAGUCUCCACCUCCUCCAUCUCCCUCUCCUCCUCCACCGUAUGUUUAUAAGUCACCACCACCACCAUCUCCGUCACCACCUCCACCUUAUGUUUACAAGUCUCCACCCCCACCAUCACCUUCUCCACCUCCACCUUAUGUCUACAAGUCUCCACCCCCACCAUCACCUUCACCACCUCCGCCCUAUGUUUACAAGUCUCCUCCACCACCAUCCCCAUCACCACCACCUCCAUACAUUUAUAAGUCUCCUCCACCACCAUCUCCUUCUCCACCCCCUCCUUAUAUUUAUAAGUCACCACCUCCACCAUCCCCUUCUCCUCCCCCACCAUAUGUUUAUAAAUCACCACCACCACCUUCUCCAUCUCCCCCACCUCCAUAUGUUUAUAAAUCUCCUCCCCCACCAUCUCCUUCACCUCCCCCUCCAUAUGUCUACAAAUCCCCUCCCCCACCAUCUCCUUCACCUCCCCCUCCAUAUGUCUACAAAUCCCCACCCCCACCAUCUCCCUCACCUCCUCCACCUUACGUUUAUAAGUCACCACCACCUCCCUCACCAUCACCCCCUCCUCCAUACGUAUACAAGUCACCACCCCCACCAUCACCAUCUCCUCCACCACCAUAUGUUUACAAGUCACCACCACCCCCAUCUCCUUCACCACCUCCACCAUAUGUCUACAAGUCUCCGCCACCCCCAUCUCCCUCUCCACCCCCUCCAUAUGUUUAUAAGUCACCACCUCCACCGUCUCCUUCUCCACCUCCACCAUAUGUUUACAAGUCUCCACCACCACCUUCCCCAUCACCACCACCUCCAUAUGUUUACAAGUCUCCUCCCCCACCAUCUCCCUCACCUCCUCCACCUUAUGUCUAUAAGUCACCACCACCUCCUUCACCUUCACCGCCUCCUCCUUACAUUUAUAAGUCUCCUCCUCCACCUUCUCCAUCUCCUCCUCCACCAUAUGUCUAUAAGUCUCCACCACCUCCAUCACCUUCACCACCUCCUCCUUACAUUUAUAAGUCCCCGCCUCCUCCUUCUCCAUCGCCUCCUCCACCAUAUGUCUAUAAGUCACCACCACCUCCAUCACCUUCGCCACCUCCUCCAUAUUACUACAAGUCUCCACCUCCACCGUCACCAUCACCUCCUCCGCCAUACCACCCCUACGCCUAUAACUCACCCCCACCUCCAGUGUAUUAA